CUACAGACGCCGCCGCGCUGCAGUGAGUACCCGGCUACAGCGCUGCCGCAGUGCUUCGCCAGCCUUCGAUCGAUCCGGGACCAGCGCGCUCUUAGGAUAACCGAAAUACCUUUACCCUAACCUAAAAGCUAGAAUUCCAUUUAUCGCUUUACUUUUUCUCUACUGCACACGAUUCUUAUUUUUACACGCUGGUCCACCCCUCAACGAUCGCAGCGUCGUCCCCGACGGAUGCGAUGCUCCUGUGACCGCACGUCGCCGUCGAAUGGGCCCGGGACGGCACCGAUGGGAUUUUUGAAUACUUGACGACAAUUUUUUUGGUCUACAAUAGGACUUGAUUUCUGAAUUAUAAAGGAUUCUUCUAGAAUGAAAGUCUGUUCCUUAUAAUAAUAGCCACAUUAGAUUUGCAUUAUGGGAAAGCAGAACAGCAAGCUCAAACCAGAAGUUCUUGAAGACCUUCGCCAAAACACAGAAUUUACGGAUGCAGAGAUUCAAGAAUGGUACAAAGGUUUCCUCAAGGACUGUCCCACAGGACAUCUCUCAAUUGAAGAGUUCAAAAAAAUUUAUGGGAACUUUUUUCCGUAUGGCGACGCGUCAAAGUUUGCGGAGCAUGUGUUCCGCACAUUUGAUGCCAAUGGUGAUGGAACAAUUGAUUUCAGGGAAUUUUUAUGUGCUUUAAGUGUUACGUCUCGGGGAAAACUGGAGCAGAAGUUGAAAUGGGCAUUCAGUAUGUAUGAUUUGGAUGGAAAUGGAUAUAUAUCUCGUCAAGAAAUGUUAGAAAUUGUUACAGCUAUAUACAAAAUGGUUGGCUCUGUCAUGAAAAUGCCAGAGGAUGAAUCCACUCCAGAAAAGCGAACAGAUAAAAUUUUCAGGCAAAUGGACAAAAAUAUGGAUGGGAAACUCUCCCUUGAUGAAUUCAUUGAAGGUGCCAAGAGUGACCCAUCAAUUGUAAGGCUGUUGCAGUGUGACCCCCAGUCAUCACAUUGACCUUGUCAAGCUAACUUGCAUCCCAUGAUUCUUCACAGCCUGGCUGAGCUCACUUCUGGAAGUGCCCUCUCUAUAAUGCAUUGCUAUUGGUAGAGAGCAGUGCUGAUUUGCCUUGCAGAUCAUUUUCGAUAAUAAUGUAAGACUAAGAUGAUUUAAUAAAAACAGAUUUUAGUGAUUCUGGAAUUGUGGGAUGGAAGUCUUCAUUCUGUCUUAUGAGAUGAUAAUAAUAAAUCUUAUUCUGCUGUUUAAAAGGGGCAAUAGGGGAAAGUUGAUUCUGUAUACAUUCUGAGUUACAAUAAAGCUUUCUUUGAAGGCUCUUCUAUACUCUGAAACUUGAUAAUAGGAGAAAUUUGCACUUUUGUGAUGUGUUUUGUAAUUCACGAUGUUUUAUAUAGUGUUUUGUUGUCACUGCCGGAAAAAUAAAAUUCUGUCUCCUUCUGCACAAUGUCAUUUUACCGCCUCAAAUGUUUGCAUUUUUUCCGAUUUAUGUCUGUGUGGAAACGAGCUUUUAUCUAUGAAUAUGUAAUUAGAAUAUAUCAAACUGUCUUGUGUUUUUCUUUGUAAAUUUGUAUGGUGUUAAAUUUCUUUUCUAGAAUAAUUUUUUUUCUUUCCCCAUUCAAAUAUACAUAUGUUAGUAAUAAAAUGUUUGAUAUAUACUUCAAAAGCAAUAAGAACUAUUUAGAUACCUUAGAAAGUCAACAACUGAAAGAUAAAGCAAAUAAAAAAAAUUAGACUGAAAUAUUUAUUUUAUUGAAGAAAUUGUAUCUGCAUGUAGUAACCUACGUAAACAUAAACAAGAGUGAUGACAAUUUUAACAAUAGAUCUGAAUGACAAUAGUUAUCUUAUACAUCUGGCUUUCCGCCUGUAAUAUAUUUUGAAAUCAUACAUUUCAAAUAUAUAGCCGGUUUUAUGAGUAUAUAAAAAAAAAUCUAGAGAUAGAACAAAAUAGGUGCUAAUGUUUGUGUUUGAAAGUUAAAUGAAAUUCUAAAAACAUUUACAUUUUUAUUCGGGGUUUCAAAAAUAGCUUUUGUUAUUUGAAAACGAUGAGUAAGAAAGAUAUCAAUGCUAAGUAUUUAUUUUUAAAUGUAUGUCAGCUUUACAUGAUAAAUUUAUUCAUGCUUUGAGACUGUCGACAUAUAAUAUGCCUGUUGUAUGGCAAGGUUAAGCCAAAAAUAAUACAAUACAUUGUGCAAGCAAAAAAAAAAAAAAAACUUGUUGUAAGACAGAUUAUAUGUUUUAUGCUUUUUGUUAUAUCUAAAAACUACAUGAAGUAAAUUCAAAACCAUUUUUCUGCAUAAGGUAUAAAGCAAAUUAUAAUUUACAUAUGUGAAAUAGCAAUUCUUCCAAAUUUUAAGAAGUCAUUACUUGACAGCUUAUAAUUGCUUGCCUUAAAUAGCCUGAAUACGUUGAUGAGUUCUAGAAUAAAAGUUAGUUUCAGAAAAAUAAUUGUAAACUUGAAUCAUUCCAUAGAAGCCUUCUCUAAGCUUCGUCAUUAAAAUUUUUCGUAGUUUGUAUUGUGAUUUGUUAAAAGUCAUGAGACUAAUUACUUCUUAUAUCAUAAUUGCAUGAAUGACCAAAUAAGGCUUGUAGAAUAGGUAAUUUUUAUACUCUGAAAACCGUACAAUGAAUGUGAAAUUUUGUUAGGGUUUGCAAAAAUAUGUGAUAUGUGGGAGUCUAUUGCAUACUUUUUCCUCUUCGUCUCUUUAAUCUUACACCUUGUAUACUUUAAUCUAUUAUUAAAAAUACAUGCUUAUAGAUUGUCACCUUUUAGUAUAAAGUGAAAUUACAUAUUUUAGAAUCAAAAGCUCAGAGAAACAAUGCAUGACUUUUUAUAAGCGUAAGGAAAUACAAGGUAUAAAAAGUUGCAUAAAUUUGAAGUGUACUCUAGAGACAUUCCCUUGCCAUGUAUUUUUAUAAAGUUGAUUAUGGAUAUUGAGAUUGAAAACUAUGCACAUGAAAAUGAAAGACAAUCUACUUGAAUGCCCAAACUUUGACUGGUACAAAAUUAAAUACCAUAUAUCUUACUUAAAUUAUCAAAAUGGAAUAAAGUUACUUGUUUUGUACCAACUACUUACUUGACAUUAUUUAAAUGUGUUUUUCUAAGAGAUUUUCUGUAUAUAUUUGUUAUUAAAAAUCUGUGUGGGUUCUACAUGUUGAGAAUACAUUAUCAUGUCUUUGUGAUUAAUUAAAAAAAACUAUGAAAAUAUUUCAGAGUUGUUCUUUUUUAAUAAUAUAAUUCCAAUAUUUGGAUUAUUGAAUUGUGAGUUUUUAAAGAAAAACAAAAUAUAAUGUCGUAUGAAAUAUCAACGAAAUUAAAUUAUAUAGAAAAAUGGAUGACUUCUGCUAUUUGCAUAUGUAUGUGAAUAUUUCAGUGCCUGUCAAAAACAAAGUGAACUGGAGAGAUGCCAUUACUAUGCAAUUAGAAUAUAGUAUGUUUACAGUAAGUCAAUCUAAUUUUGACUUUAUCUUCAGAUUCAGUGAUAAAUUCUGCCUAUUGAAAAUAUUUCUGCUAAACUUUUAUGGUUUUAGAUGGAUAAAAAAAUAUCUUAUUCAUAAUGAUAUUAAUUUAUUAUUUUAAAGUAUUAUGCAUAUUUGAAUACUUCUGAAAAUUCGGUGAUUUUAUUUUGCUUUUUUUUUAACAUUUUUAUAAGUGUUUUUGUGUUGGCUUUGUUGUGUAUUCUAAAUAAAUCCUGACUUAUCAUCAACCCAGUGCUUUAAAUAUUUUUAUCUUAUGGUGUUUUGUGAUUUGCUGGUUGAGGCAAAGCCAAUGAUUUUCAACUUCUUGUAAUAUAUAUAUAUUGAUAUAUUGUGAUUUAAAAACAUAUUUUUUUGGUUUUAUGUAAUUGUAUAUUGGAAAACUUUUUUUUUUUUUUUUUUUUUUUAGUUUUUAUCUUAUUAACUGGACAAACAAAAUUAUUUUGUGUAUAAUUUAUACUUAGAUUCUACUUGGAAACAAUUUAUUUUUUGUUACAGUUUUAUUCUAUCCUUUAUAUUACAAAUUUGUUGCAAACUUUUUGAUUUUAUUUUCUUGCUUUAUCAACUUAGGAAUAAGUUUUCUUAUAUUCAUUUUUGUGUUGUAAGUGUGAAAGCACAACUACAAAUGAAGUUCUAUUUUGUGGAGAGAAAAAAAGCUGUUAAAAUAAAUAAAUAAAUUUUGUAUAAUGUAUUAAACAUUUAUUUCUUUUAUAUGUGGUAGUAUUACUUUACAUUGAAGUUGUUGUGUUUCUCUCACUGAUUUCCUUCACACUUGUUCACAAUUUUGUGUGUAUAUACAUAUUAUCUGUAAUAAUUGCAUCUUUCUGUCCAUUCAUCAAUUGAAAUAAAACUGUUCCUCCUUUC